UUAAAACAAAAAUAUUUAAAGAAAUCACCAAUUUUCGUAUGCGUAUUUAAAAUAUUCGGUUUUGAUUCAUGCUUUAUAGGAGAAUUUUUAUGAAACUCCUUUGUUAAAUUUUCAUCAGCAUUCUCGGGCGUAUCAUAAUGAAAUAAUCGUUUAGCCUCUUCACCGCAAAAUUUCUUUUUUGUUGGCAAAUCUUUACUUUCCAAUUCAACUUUUCUCUUUUUUUCGCUAGUUUGUGGUGGAGAAAAGGCAAAUUCUUCUGGAUGUUUCUUCCAACUAUCGGGGGAUUCUACCUCGACAUCUUCUUUCUUGGUUUCUUCCUUUUCCUUUUCUUUUUCUUUAUGUUUUUUGGCUUCAAAUUCAACAUCUUUUUUCGAUACUUCCUUCUCUUUUUCCUUCUGUUUUUUCGCUUCAAAUUACAAAAAAAAUUAUAG